CCUGACUCCGUGCCACAACUGAGCCCGUGCCCCGGGCUCGGCCCGGCCCGGGGUGCGGCCCGUGGGCCGGGGCUGCACCGCCCGGCCCCGCCCGCGCCCGCCGGCCUGAAAGGGGAAGGCGGGCGGGCGGCGGCUGCAUCCCUCCCUCCUUCCCUCCCCUUCCCGCGCCGCCGCGCCUCUCAGUCGGGCCGCGCUCCAGCGGGACUCGCUGCAGUGAUGAAGAUGAUGAAGGUGCUACUGUGGCCCGCUGCUCUUUUUCUAGUGACUGCAUUCACUCUGGAGCCAUCUCACUGUGCCAAGGUGCUGAUCAUGCCCACCAUAGUCUUUGACAGCCACUUGCGAGUCUUCAUGCGAGUGGCAGAGGCACUGACUGAUCGGGGCCAUGACCCUGUGCUACUCCUUCAUGAAGGUCGGGACAUGGAAACCUAUCUGCCUGCCUUCCGUGUGCAGAGGUACUGGGGCAUCUUCAGCACAGAGAACGCAGAUGACUGGGUGCAGGAGAAGAUAAAGCGUGUCUUUCAAGGGAGGAUGACUUCUCUGGAGAUGUUUUCCUUUCUGGAGAAGUACCUGGAAAACUGUGACCUAGUACUGGGAAACUCUACCCUUCUGCAGAAACUCCAGUGUGAGCGCUUUGACCUGCUCUUGGUGGACCCCAAUGAGAUGUGUGGAUUUAUCCUGGCUCACAUCCUACAUGUCAAAUAUGCUGUGAUUUCCACAGGUUUCUGGUUCCCAGCAGAGAUUGGGGCCACUUCCCCCAUUGCCUAUGUCCCUGAAUUCAAUUCCCUGAUGACAGACAGGAUGGGCUUCUUUGGUAGGACUUGGAAUCUUCUAGUCUACAUGAUCACUCGUGUGGCUACAAAGCUGGUCAUCCUGCCCAAGUUUGAACGUCUCAUGGAGAAGCAUAGGGUGGAGCCCAAGACAUCUAUGUUGGACCUUGUUCAUGGAACUAGUCUUUUCUUCCUGUGUAAUGAUGUGGUGUUAGACUUUCCCCGUCCAACACUCCCCCACGUCAUUUUCACAGGGGGCAUCCUCGCUGAGCCUGCAAAGCCCCUUCCAGUGGGUCUGCGUCUCUGGGUGGAAGCAGCAGAGGCAGGUGUAGUUGUUGUCUCCUUUGGCAUUGGGAUCCGAGCUCUUCCAAGCGAUUUGGUGGAGAAGAUGGCUGGCGCGUUUGCUCGCCUCCCACAAAGGGUGGUGUGGAGAUACUUUGGUCAGAAGCCAAGAAACCUGGGUGAGAAUACGCUGAUGAUGGGCUGGCUGCCCCAGAAUGACCUGCUAGGCCACCCUAACGUGAAAGCCUUCGUCAGCCACUGUGGGAUGAAUGGUGUAUUUGAGGCAAUUUAUCACGGUGUGCCAGUGGUGGGAUUUCCUUUCUAUGGGGACCAGUUCGACAUCAUGACCAGAGUGCAGGCGAAGGGCAUGGGUAUCCUCAUGGACUGGAGCAGAGUAAAAGAAGAGGAACUUUACCAGGCUGUCAUCACAGUCAUCUCUGACCCCAGCUACAGAAAAGCAGCCCAGCUCAUCUCGGCUCUGCACCUGGACAGACCAAUGCAUGCUCUCAAUAGGACAGUGUAUUGGCUGGAGUACAUCCUUCGUCACGAUGGGGCACCCUAUCUUCGUCCUGCUGUCUACGACCUCUCCUUAUAUGAGUACUUCUGCCUGGACAUCUUGGCUCUCCUCUUGUUGUGUCUGGCUGGUACUGGAUUUGUUGUCUACAAGUCUGUGGUGUGGUGCAGAAGGAAGGGGGCCAGUCCUGUGUAUCAGAACGGCAAUUGCAUGAAAGGCCACUACACAGAAGAGAAAAAACUGCAGUAGUGGCUCAGUGUGUUCCAGGGCGAAUCCUGUCACUGUGAAAUGAACUGCCGCUGUGCCAAGAAAUGUAUGGCAUGCAGGCACAGAGAGAGGUGAAAGAUCCGUGGGUCUGGAUGAGAAGAGAGUGGGGAGGGAGGAGUAUUGCAAAGGCCUGUGUGCACACCUCUGUGUACAGCACCUGUGGGCGGGGGGGCGAAUUCAGACGUGGGUGGGAGCACUUGGCCAGGACGCUGGGAAUGGGGCAUGGGUAGACUUCCAGGGAGGAGUGCAAGUUGUUCCCUUUGUAUUGCACAUUGGUUUAAAUGCUGGUGUUGCCCUUCUGUCUUUUUGGAUCAUGGAGGCCCUGGAGGUGGGAACAGCAUUUCGUGAGGGGCAGACACCAUUUCUCUGCCUUGUUACUAAGAGUCCCAGGAGUCAGGAUACCUUUAUGUGCAGGUGAGGACCUGAAGUAGAGCUGUGGACAGGUAAGGGCACUGAAAGUAUCAUCUACAAGAGAGCAAAAUUGGUCUGUUUUAAAUUCUGUGGGUAAAUACCUUCCUGCUUCAAUUGACCCUCUGCGAUCCUGUUUGUUUGAGCUAAAUUAUUAUUUUUUAAAAUAAAGUUAUAUUCUUUCUCCUGUGUGGCA